AUGUUAAUAUUAAUUGUUGUUGCAUUUUGUGUUCUAACUAUGCCAAGUGCAGUAGUUCAUUUGAUUAAAGUAUCUUAUUCAAAUAUUAAUAAAACAUCUAUACGUUUAAAUUUAGCUAUAGCAGGAAAUUUUGUUAAUUUAAGUUUAGCUAUUAAUUCAACAUUGAAUUUUUUUUUCUAUUCAUGGUUAAGUCGACGUUUUCGUAAAACAUUUCAUAGUCUUAUAAAGUGUAAAUAA